AGGGAAGUGGCAGUUGUCAUAGGCAAACUUGUGGCCAGUUGCCCUGGGGUUGCUAUGGGACCCCUGUUCUAUAGGCAGCUAGAAAAUGACAAAACUGCAGCCCUUAAGUUUCAUCAUGGUAAUUUUGAUGAAAGCAUGGUACUGUCACCUACUGCAGAGUUAGAUCUACAGUGGUGGGUUGAUGACAUUGAAAAUGUCUCUAAACCCAUUUCACAAGGUAAUCCGUCUUGCAUUCUUUAUACAGAUGCAUCCUUACAGGGAUGUGGAGCUGUUUUUCAGGGACAAUCAUCAGGAGGCCGCUGGGUACCUGAUGAAGUUCACAAGCAUAUUAAUUGCCUUGGAUUAAAAGCAGCUUACCUGGGAUUACAGUCCUUCUGUACAACCUUGUCUCAUACCCAUGCGAGAAUUUUUGUUGAUAACACCACAGCAGUUUCUUACAUCAAUAAUAUGGGUCGCACUCAUUCACUUGAAUGUAAUCACAUUACUAGAACCAUUUGGAUGUGGUGCAUUACACGGGAUAUUUGGCUAUCUGCCGCACAUUUGCCAGGAAAGUGUAAUACUGCGGCUGAUAAAGCCUCCAGAAUUUUUCAUGACCAUACAGAAUGGAAGCUUGAUUCCAACAUUUAUGUGUCAAUCACACAAGUCCUGGGGGCCCCAUCUAUUGGUCUAUUUGCAUCCAGGCUUAAUUUUCAGACUAGGCCUUACAUAGCUUGGCUUCCUGACCCUGGUGCAUUUUCUAUAGAUGCUUUUUUUGUUGACUGGGGGGAACAGUAUUUUUAUGCUUUUCCUCCCUUUAAUCUCAUUGAUAGGGUUCUGCAGAAGGUGGAAGCCGACCAAGCCUUCGGGAUACUUAUUGUGCCAUAGUGGACAACACAGCCAUGGUUUCCAGUUUUGAUGCGCCUCUUUGUUCAGGAACCUUUCAUUCUUCCUCAAGGAAAGAAAGUACUCUAGCUGCCAUACAACCCCAAUGCCAUUCACCCACUCCACCACAAGUUGACUCUGAUGGCUUUCAGAACAAGCCAUUGACAUUGUCAUGUCAUCAUGGCGAGAAUCAACAGAGAAACAGUACAGGACCUACCUUACGAGAUGGUAUAAGUUUUCGACUAAACGGUCUUGUGAUCCCUUGCAACCAACUGUAACAGAUGUUAUUGAAUUUUGGACUGAACUUUUUCAUUCUGGCAUUGGAUAUAGCUGCUUGAACACAGCUCGGAGUGCAUUGUCAGCAGUCAUUGUUUUUCCUGACAAUACACCUGCUGGUAGCCAUCCCUUAGUGGUAAGAUUCAUGAA